AUGGUGAGACGGAUGGGUUGGGGGGGGACAAAGGGGCACCAAGAGAGAUGGGGGGAUCUAGGAGCUACACUGUUACCCCCUUUGCUCCCUACUUCUCGAUGUCUGGGUCCUGGAAGGGGUAGGAUUUCUGUUUUUUCUAUGUCUCCAACUCCUUACACGAGGAGCUCCCCUUCUUCGUUUCUUGCUUCCAUACCACGGCCUCUUAGUCCAGCCAGGACUUCAGGAGUAACACAGCCCCUCUCAGCUUUAGAAACCUCUUCUCCUCAUGGGGAGUCUUCUGGAACCCCUUCCUCUGCUCCAUCUGGCCUAAGAUACUACUCUACCCCAUGCUUGGCCUCGGUGACUCCCCUUCCCUCACAGUGGUCCCUCCAGAACCCCUCUGGGCUGCGGAUGGGUCCCCUGAUCCCAGAACAGGAUUAUGAACGACUGGAGGACUGUGACCCUGACUGUGACAACACUCAAAACUCACCCCUCCCAGGGGAGGACCAGGAACCCCUGCUUCAUGUCCCUGAAGGGAUCAAAGGCUCUUGGCAUCAUAUCCAGAACUUGGACAGCUUCUUCACCAAGCUCUACAAUUACCAUCAGCGUAAUGGCUUUGCCUGUAUGUUUCUGGAGGAUGCCUUCCAGUUGGGACAGUUCGUUUUCGUUGUUACCUUCACUACCUUCCUACUCCGCUGCGUUGAUUAUGAUGUUCUCUUUGCCAAUCGACCUGUUAACCAUACUCAACCUGGGACCCCUGGAUCCCAUCAGCCCCCUGGAAUCCUUCAUAGCAAGGUGACCCUGUCAGAUGCUAUCUUGCCUGCUGCCCAGUGUGCACAUCGGGUACGUUCCAGCUCCAUCCUGAUCUUCCUUUUGUUCCUGGCCUCAGGAUUUUGGCUAUUUCGUCUUCUUCGGUCCCUCUGCAAUCUCUUGAACUACUGGGAUAUCCGAACAUUUUAUAGGGAAGCCCUGCACAUUCCCCCAGAGGAUCUUAGCAAGGUGCCCUGGGGUGAGGUACAGUCUCGUCUCCUGGCUCUGCAACGUGGUGGUGGCCUCUGUGUGCUGCCCCGGCCUCUGACGGAGUUAGAUGUUCACCACCGUAUCCUGCGUUACCCCAACUACCUUGUGGCCCUGGCCAACAAGGGCCUGUUGCCGGCCCGCUGCCCACUGCCUUGGGGGGGCAGUACUACUUUCCUCAGCCAGGGACUGGCUCUCAAUCUUGACCUUCUCUUCUUCCGUGGCCCAAUUUCCUUCUUUCGAGGGGGCUGGGCAUUGCCCAAUACCUAUAAGCGGAGCUGCCAGAGGCGGGCUCUGGCUACUCGCCUUCGAAGGACUCUGCUGUUUCUGGCACUGGCCAAUUUGGCUCUUUGUCCACUGGUGCUGGCUUGGCAGGGACUACAUGCCUUUUUCAGCUAUGCAGAGCUGCUGCGCCGGGAGCCCGGGGCCUUGGGAAUGAGACGCUGGUCCCGCCUGGCCCGCCUUCAGCUGCGACAUUUCAAUGAGUUGCCCCAUGAGCUUCGUGCCCGUUUGGCUCGAGCCUACCGCCCUGCUGCCCGUUAUUUGCGAGCUGCUGCACCUCCAGCCCCACUGCCUGCCCUCUUGGCCCGCCAUGCUGGCUUCUUUGCUGGUGCCCUGCUAGCUGCCCUGUUGGUGCUCACUGUGUAUGAUGAGGAUGUGUUGGCUGUGGAACAUGUACUGACUGCCAUGACAGGGCUGGGUGUGGCACUGACUGUGGCCAGAUGUUUCAUCCCUGAGGAGGAGCUCUUGGGCCGAUCCCCUAAACCCCUGCUGCAGGCAGCUCUGGCUCACAUGCAUUACCUCCCUGAAGAGCCAGGACCAGCCCAGGAAGCCAGCACUCACCACCAGAUGUCGCAACUCUUGCAGUACAAGGCUAUCUCUCUCCUAGAGGAGCUUCUCUCUCCAGUCCUUACUCCCCUUGCCCUCCUCCUUUGGUUUCGCCCUCGUGCCCUGGAGAUCAUCGAUUUUUUUCGACAUUUCACUGUGGAUGUAUCUGGGGUAGGGGACGUCUGUUCCUUUGCUCUCAUGGACGUGAGGCGCCAUGGCCAUCCCCAGUGGCUCUCAGCAGGACAGACAGAAGCCUCGAUAUCCCAGCGUGCAGAAGGUGGGAAGACGGAGCUUUCCUUGAUGCGUUUCUCACUGGCCCACCCUCGCUGGCGCCCACCUGGGCACAGCUCCCAAUUCUUGGGGCAACUUCGGGACCGGGUACAACAGGAUGCUGCUCUCUGGGCUGCUACUCCAAUCCGGUCACCCCCCACACCUGGUCUAGGUCCCAGCUUUCUAAGUGACUCUACCACAUCUGCACCUGAGGCACUUCUGGCCAGCCUGCUGUUACAUCCCCUUCUGCCUCCCCGAGAACUGAGUCCAGUUGCUCCCUGCCCAGCUGCUGCAACUGCCAGCCUCCUGGCCUCUGUCUCCGGUUCCAUGUCUCAGGCUGGCCACGAUCAGAGUUGUGUGUCUCCAGGGGGCCCUGGGGUCCAGAACCCUGCCCUACUUUCAGAGAUUGCCUCUGCUGAGAUGAGUCUUCAUGCUAUCUACCUGCAUCAGCAGCAGCAGCAGCAGCAGCAGCAAGAGCCAUGGGGAGAGACUUCAGCCACUCCACUCCCAAGGCUCUGGCCUAGCCCCCAGAGGCCACUAACCCCUGAAGAUGAGACCCUGACCUGGCACAGUGAUGGUACCAGCCCUGCCUCUAGCUCCAGCUCUAGUCCCAGACAACAAUGGGGACCAAAGGGAGCUAGUAAUCUACCCCUUGGGGGGUGGCAGGAGGAGGAAAAUGUUCAGAUGGAACCAGAGUCUAAUCCACGAAGUGGCUAAGAAGCCAACCAAUGUGAUUAUCCAUCACAAUUUUCCAGUGAAGUUGGGAAGACAAUCAACAUUCACCUGCUGACUCUUAGGAAGCCACCAUAGCUCAUAGAUUUCAGGCAGACCCUUGGGGCUGGUGGGAAGUCUUGAGCUAGCCCCAGAGAACCGAAGUGAGGGGGGGGGGGAGGUGGGUCCAUGGGAGAAAGUGGGAAAAUCCCUUGAACAAGAUGAAAGAAGGGCAAGCAGUAGACACCUCAUCCCAUACCAGGCAUCUUAGAUGGUACCUCCUGACCCCGAUAGUGAGACAGAAGCCCCUCCUUGAAGAGUGGAUCACAGUCAUGAUUAUAUGGUUGGAGUUAAAUAGGCUGGCAGAAAUCAGACACUAGCCAUAAAAGAAGGGAAAAUCAAGCCAAGGUGGCCUCAAACUCCACCUCUCCUGGCGCUGGGGCUAGUUGAGAGGGGAAGGGUUGGCUCUUGAAAUCUGGAACAGAGAGGGGGCAGGGAGCUGCCCUCGGUAAUAAAGCACCAAA